UACUAGGCCAAAAAAUACAUUCUUUAUAAAUGAUAUUAGGCAAGGUAGGUAUGUGGACCAUUUGGAAGAUCUCACAGACCAGAUUCCACUGUUUUAAAUAACUGCAUUUCUGCCAAAAGUGAAAAUCAAAGCUUUACACAGACUGCUAGAUAUUUAUAUGAAUAUAGUGACUCCUAAUUGAUAUCCGCUGGGACCUAUUGCGUGCAAUGGCUCUUUUAAUACGCUACUACAGAAUACUCUUAAGUAUUUUCUCCUGGAGCCCAACUUGGUGUUUCUUUCCUGGAACAACUCUGUGUAUGGACAUUCUGAGGGGGGAAGAUACAUUUGUUUUAAAAUUUUGAAACUUGUAGCCUGUAAUUUGUUUCUGAAUGUACAGAGCAUGAUGGCAGCGUCUGAGGUGGCUGGUGUGGUGGCCAAUGCCCCCAAUCCUCCGGAAUCUUCUUCCAGUGUAUGUGCUUCCAAAUCAGAUGAAGGUCUCCCAGAUGGUCUAAGCCCCAAAGACCCUGCACAGAAGCACAAGAACUCGCCUCUGUCGAGUGUAAGUAACCAAACGAUAACCAAGGAGAAUAACAGAAAUGUCCAUUUGGAACACCCAGAGCAGAAUCCUGGUUCAUCAGCAGGUGACACUUCAACAGCGCACCGGGCGGUUUUAGGAGAAAACUUGAUAGCCACAGCCCUUUGUCUUUCUGGCUGUGGGUCUCAGUCUGAUUUGAAGGACGUGGCCAGCACAGCAGGAGAGGAGGGGGACACAUGCCUCCGGGAGAGCCUCCAUCCGGUCACUCGGUCUUUUAAGGCAGGGUGCCAUACAAAGCAGCUUGCCUCCGGGAAUUGUUCUGAAGAGAAAUCCCCACAAGCCUCCAUCCUAAAGGAAGGGAGCAGGGACACAGGCUUGGAUUUCCCACCUGUAGUGCCUCCAGCAAAUGGGGUUGAAGGAGUCAGAGUGGAUCAGGAUGAUGAUCAGGAUAGCUCUUCCCUGAAGCUUUCUCAGAACAUUGCUGUACAGACUGACUUUAAGACAGCUGACUCAGAGGUGAACACAGAUCAAGAUAUUGAAAAGAAUCUGGAUAAAAUGAUGACAGAGAGAACCCUGUUGAAGGAGCGUUAUCAGGAGGUCCUGGACAAGCAGAGGCAAGUGGAGAAUCAGCUCCAAGUGCAAUUAAAGCAACUUCAGCAAAGGAGAGAAGAAGAAAUGAAGAAUCACCAGGAGAUAUUAAAGGCUAUCCAGGAUGUAACAAUAAAGCGAGAAGAAACAAAGAAGAAGAUAGAGAAAGAAAAGAAGGAGUUUUUGCAGAAGGAGCAGGAUCUGAAAGCUGAGAUUGAGAAGCUUUGUGAGAAGGGCAGAAGAGAGGUGUGGGAAAUGGAACUGGAUAGGCUCAAGAAUCAGGAUGGCGAAAUAAAUCGGAACAUUAUGGAAGAGACAGAACGGGCCUGGAAGGCAGAGAUCUUAUCACUAGAGAGUCGGAAAGAGUUGCUGGUAUUGAAACUAGAAGAAGCAGAAAAAGAGGCAGAACUGCACCUUACUUACCUCAAGUCAACUCCCCCAACACUAGAGACAGUUCGUUCCAAACAGGAGUGGGAGACAAGACUGAAUGGAGUUCGGAUAAUGAAAAAGAAUGUUCGGGACCAAUUUAAUAGUCAUAUCCAGCUAGUGAGGAAUGGAGCCAAGCUGAGCAGCCUUCCUCAAAUCCCUACCCCCACUUUGCCUCCACCCCCAUCAGAGACAGACUUCAUGCUUCAGGUGUUUCAACCCAGUCCCUCUCUGGCUCCUCGGAUGCCCUUCUCCAUUGGGCAGGUCACAAUGCCCAUGGUUAUGCCCAGUGCAGAUCCCCGUUCCUUGUCUUUCCCAAUCCUGAACCCUGCCCUUUCCCAGCCCAACCAGCCUUCCCCACCCCUUCCUGGCUCCCAUGGGAGAAAUAGCCCUGGCUUGGGUUCCCUUGUUGGCCCCCAUGGUCCACACAUGCCCCCUGCCGCCUCCAUCCCGCCUCCCCCAGGCUUGGGCGGUGUUAAGGCUUCUACUGAAACUCCCCGGCCCCAACCAGUAGACAAACUGGAGAAGAUCCUGGAGAAGCUGCUGACUCGGUUCCCACAGUGCAAUAAGGCCCAGAUGACCAAUAUUCUUCAGCAAAUCAAGACAGCACGUACCACCAUGGCAGGCCUGACCAUGGAGGAGCUGAUCCAGUUGGUAGCUGCACGACUGGCAGAACAUGAGCGGGUGGCAGCAAGUACUCAGCCACUCGGUCGCAUCCGGGCCUUGUUCCCUGCUCCAUUGGCCCAAAUCAGUACCCCAAUGUUCUUGCCUUCUGCCCAAGUUUCAUAUCCUGGAAGGUCUUCACAUGCUCCAGCCACCUGUAAACUGUGUCUAAUGUGCCAGAAACUUGUCCAGCCCAGUGAGCUGCAUCCAAUGGCAUGUACCCAUGUAUUGCAUAAGGAGUGUAUCAAAUUCUGGGCCCAGACCAACACAAAUGACACUUGUCCCUUUUGUCCAACUCUUAAAUGACGGAGCUGACUGGGGAGGAAGAAGAGGAGAAACUGAUGUGAACAGGAAGCGCGGGUUCAAGAUUUCUAAAACUCUAUAUUUAUAUAGUGACAUAUACUCCUGCCAUGUACAUUUUUAUUCUAUAGGUAAUGUGUGUAUAGAAAGUCUGUAUUCAGAUGUUCGUAAAUGAAAGUAUGUAUAUUAUGCAGAAACAGUCUGUCCCCAUCACCUUGCAGUUCCUUUGGGGGAUGCAGAUUGUAGGUAAGAUGAUGUUUAGUUUGGCCUUGAAAUUAUGAUAUUCCUGCCUAGGGCUGUUUUCAAAUACAUGUAAAAACCAUCUAGGAAGCUGCUGUUGCUCUGAGGCCAUCCUGCUUUGAUUUGGCUCAGCCUCUAGUCCAUUUUCUUAAGGCUCAUGUAUGCAGAUUUGAACCCUGGUGCUCACCUGCUGUCCAACCAGAUGCCUUGCUUACCGAAAGCCUCCAGAGGCUUUGGUGUUGUUCUAGCCACUCUACUCCGAACGGAUAAAAUGAGACUGAUUGAGAAAAAAAAA